CGUGACGCGGUCGUCAAGUUUAAAUUGGUGCUCGGCUGCAAGAAUGAGCAAAAAUGCAAAGCCGACAGCCGCGCUCGGAGCCUAUAGCCAGCCCGGCUCGUCGCUGCAUCACACAGCAAUUUGCCCAAGAUCGAAGCACACGCCGCAAAGGCCCCACGAGCGCGAUCUCCUUUCGUAAUCUUACAACGCCUAGGCUCACGAAGUCGAACACCACCUACUUCUUCACGCGCCGGAUGAAGCCCAGCUCCUCGCCCGUCUUCCGCGGCGUGUCGGCGUUGCGCUUCUGGACCUGCCUCCCCGCCUCGGUCAAGGCACCGUUCAGGUCCGGUUUUGGCGCCUUCGGGGUGCGCGUGAUGAAGCCGGCCUGGGGGUUCUCGAGCUGCCGUUUCAACGGGAACUCCUUCGUCUGUUGCGGCGCGGGGGGCUUCGAGGGCGCGGGCACGUUCUCGCGGGGCGGUUCCGUUUUGCGGAGCUCCGUGAUGGCCUCGUCGAGGUCGCGCGGCCCCGGCGCCUCCUCGGGCGUCGGCGCCGCGGGCGUCGGCGCCGGCUUCUUGUCGCCCUUGGGCGCCUGCGUGGAUUCUGGUUGUGACGUUCUGUAUACGUUGUUCUUCACGCCAUCGAGCCGGCGACGGCGUCUUCAUAACUCUUGAUUUUUUGACGCGGACGACGCGCCUUGGGCGCCGCGGCGGCCUUUUUGCCGCCACUCUUCUUGGCUUCCCGCGCCGCCGCCAUGUCUUGCAACCGGCCAGCGUUGGCGGCUUCCGGCAGUGCUACAAGCGGUCCCGCAAGGGAAAGCCCGGCGAUGCCGCUCUUUGCGAGCAGCGCUCUCCUGGUCUGAGGCGGCCUCUGCGGCGCGGGCGCCAGCGCCAGCGCACAGCUCAGCGUCGCGACAGCGAGCUUCAUGGUCGUACCUUCUGGGGCCGAUUUCUUGCCCAGAUCACACGCUAAUUGCGCUCAGACCAGCUAUCAAUAGAUUUGCUGCCGAGUGCUCUCUCCCCACGGCAACGGCACGCUCCAAAGGUUCCUCAGUAAAACAGGCCUCUUUGCACGAUUUCCGCCGCAUGCGUCGCAACGGGACGGAUCGUGGCCGUGCCGCGGUGAUCUAAUUCGCGCCGGUUGAAGCGUCGCGGUCGGUCCCGCGAGUGAAGGCGUACUGUCCCUAAGCGUACUGCCUGCGCUAAAGACCUCCGUCGACCUCCACGCCAUCGAACAGAUGCAGUUGCGGGAUGAAUGGUGUCGCAUUGAUACAUCGCGGCGAUAGCGGGCAGACAACCGCGCGAGGACAGAGAAGUAUAAAAUCUUAGUGUUUUGUCGCGAAG